AAUGGGACCUGUCUAGUAUUUGGAUCACUGUCCUUUGUUGACUAAGUUGAUGCUUUGUUGUUGAAAAAUACAUACUCUCUGCGUUCACAUUUCAUGUCUAAUUUUUAUCAUAAUAUCUAUAUUAAUUGAUAUUUAAUAUGAAAUGAAAGCGAAAUAUAACUUUUUUUUAAGGAUGAGUUCACUUGAGAUAUCCAUGGAUACAAUUAUGGAAGAUGAAGAUUCCUUUGUUUCUAAUACAGAAGCAAUCAUCUACGCUGCUUCUGAUAUUUCAGGCUGGACUCACAGUUUGAUCUCUGAUCACAAUAUUCCUAAUUCGUCGUCUUCUACCAGUUUAGACGAACACCACCACCAUCACCAGCAGAUUUCGACUGCUGCUGGUGGCGGUGGUAAUGAGGAUGAUUCAAUGAUUGUAUCAUCAUGUGCUUCUUCCAGAUGGUUUAAUAAUAAUAAGCAAAUUGAUGAUCAGCAAGAGAUUAGGAUAUUUAAUGUUGAUCUCAGGGCACUUUGUGAAAACAGACUGAAAUCUUGUGGUGGAUCUGAAUCUCGUGACUGUUUAGUAUACGAAGAGAGUAGUGUUAGGCUUGUCAAUACGUUGAUGGCUUGUGCCGAGGCGAUCCAAGAUAACAACUUAAGUCUAGCGGAUGAACUAAUCAGUGAUAUAAGAAGAAUUUCAGUUUCACAAAUGGGAGGAGCAAUGAAGAAAGAGGCUACUUAUUUUGCAGACGCUUUGUAUCAUAAGAUUCACAGAACAAAUUCGGAAGAUAUUGAUGAAUCAUCCUAUCCCAAGGAUCAAGUCUUGAGUAUGAGCUUCUACGAUAGCUGCCUCUUCCUCAAAUUCGCUCACUUCAUUGCCAAUCAAUCCAUUUUGGAGGCCUUUGCAGAUUCCAAGAGAGUACAUGUAAUUGAUUUCAGCUUAAAUCAAGGUUCACAAUGGCCAGCACUUUUACAGGCUCUCACUUUGCGUCCUGGUGGUCCACCGGCUCUUCGGCUCACAGGAAUUCGUGGCCACUCUCAGCCUGAGGACACUACCGAUGCCUUACAAGAAGUUGGUCGGGAGCUCGCCCAACUUGCAGAGUCAACAGGUGUAGAAUUUGAGUUUCGUGGAUUCGUGGUCCAUACUUUAGCUGAUCUUGAAGCACCAAUGUUGAAUAUUAGACCCAGUAAUGUGGAAUCAGUGGCCGUGAACUCUGUUUUCAAGCUUCACCGUCUGUUUUCCAUUCCAGGAGCAAUUGAGAAAGUGCUGGAUUUGAUAAAACAAAUAGACCCGAAGAUUGUGACCAUUGCUGAACGUGAAGUGAAUCACAAUGAGACUGUUUUUAUGAACAGGAUUAAGGAAGCAUGGUAUUACUAUUCAACAAUGUUUGAUUUGCUGGAGAACUCAGAGUGGACUAAGCGCAGCACUAUAGACUUGGAGAUUGCGGCAGAGCACCUAGGGAGGGAGAUCUAUAAUUUGGUGGCUUGUGAAGGGACUAAGCGAGUAGUGAGACACGAGACGUUUGGUCAAUGGCGAGUGAGGUUUAAUUCUGCAGGGUUCAACCUGGUUCCCCUGGGUUCAAAUACGUACAGACACGCAAACAUGUUGUUGGCCUUGUACACAAAUGGAAAAAGAUAUAGAGUAGAAGAGAAAGAUGGGUGUCUUAUGUUGAGUUGGCAUAGUCGCCCUCUCAUCACCACAUCUGCUUGGCGUGGCUAUGUCGCCAAUUCUAGGGAUUAGUCAAUGGGUGAGGUUGCUCUGCAGCUGUCCUGGAAAAUCCUGCUACUCAGAGGAGGUUUGAUUGCACUUGUCCUGCAGCAUCCAAUACGUAGUUUUAUAUGUUACUCUUCUUUUACUGUUUACAGGUACCGUGUUAGAUGUAUCAGAAAGUCCAAAUAGAUAAUCUUUGUAAGAUGGUUCUUUCUUCGACCUGACUGUUAUAUGUUAUUGAGAGGAUCUCUGCAGUAGAAAUUAAAUUUGAUAACGCAAAGGGCACAAUCUCUUGUCUCUUUACCUGCAGAUUUGCGUAUACUCUAUCCUCCCUACUAAACCUGUGUAUGGGACUACAUUAGAUUAUUUGUUGUUGUUGUUGAGGGUAGCACCUGGAUGUUCCUCCUUAUUGAAAACUUAUCUGUGUUGUAACACUAUUUUCUGUAUCAAAGUUUCCUCCUUAAUGCACCCGAUUAUACUUUUCUUU